AUGAUCAGGGCGACUCGUACGCUCCUGGCGGGGAUUCUCGUCCCUGGGCACGCCAGCCGGCUGGAGGGGGUGUUGCUCCUUGGCAACGAGACCGACAGGAACGACAGGACCGAGAUUACGGUCAACGAGAUCAUGGUCAACGAGAUCAUGGUCAACGAGAUCAUGGCCAUCGGGGUUACGAGAGUCGAGAUUAUAGCCACCGAGAUGGCGACUCGUCGGUUCCUCCGUGGGCCCAGAGUCGAGGAGACGCACAAGGAGGAUAUGCAACCGCAACAGCAGCAGCAGCAGCAGCAGCAGGGCCCGCCCGCGCAACACUACGGGUAUGGUGGGUAUCAUGGUUACGAUGCUCAACCCGCGUACGGCGUACCUCCCCCGUCGGCUCCUCCUGGACUCAGCUCCUUCUUGCAGCAAUAUGGCGGUAGCGGUGCUGCUCCCCCUCCACCUCCAGAUGCACAGGCUCCUCCUCCGCCUCCGGAUCAACCGCCCCCAUCACCAGGCAUGCGUGACUACUAUCCACCACCACCGCCUUCGGCAUAA